GCGACUGUGCCCAGCCAAUUACAUAUCUUAUGUGCAGCAUUUUAAGACAGUGAUCAGAAUCAUGACUGACAGCAUUACAUCAGGACCACCAGUGUUUUAUAAAUUUCAUAUAAUCUUCAGAAAUAAUUAAUAACUUUUUUUUUUUUUUAGAUAGAUUCCAGCUCUGUCGCCCAGGCUGGAGUGCAGUGGUGCGAUCUCGGCUCACUGCAACCUCCGCCUCCUGGGUUCAAGCAAUUCUCCUAUCUCAGCCUCCCGAGUUGCUGAGAUGACAGGCCUGUGCUACCAAGCCUGGCUAAUUUUUGUAUUUUUCAUGGAGACAGUAUUUUCAUGUAAUUUUCACCCUAUUGGUCAGGCUGGUCUUGAACUCCUGACCUCAGGUGAUCCACCUGCCUUGGUCUCCCAAAGUGCUGGGAUUAUAGGCAUGAGUGAUGGUGCCCAGCCAUUCAUAACAUGUUUAUACAAAUAUAACUUUAGCAUAUAUUUAGCAUAAUAUUGCUAAAGCUAAACUUUAGCAAAUAUUUAGCAUAACAAUCAAAAUUACAAAUCAUAACAUAUUAAAUUUGUAUAAAUGUAUGUAAUUUUUGGAACAUGUAUAUCAACAACAUACCCAUAAAUAUAACUGAGAUGAGAUCUAAUGUCACCUCACUUGACAGUGCCCUCCCAUGCAGUAUCGCCACAUUUGACAAUGCCUGCCCAUUUAAUCUACCAAAUAAAUCGAAUCACUUAAUACCUCUACAAGAUGAGAGAUACGUUCUUUAGACUCCCGAAGGGACGCAGCUGAAAAAUCCCAAAGUUAAUUUUAAGCCAAAAAGACCUGAUUUAGGAUUUUGACACUGGAGAAACCCAUCAAAGACGUCAAGUUUGAAAACACUUGAUCAAAACAGAAUCACAGGUCACUAUUAAAAAGGGUAUUCAUUUAACCAGAGACUUCCAAAGCAAUACAGAAACUUACAUGGAUAUAAAAACCUUAACCCUUUUGAAGGUCAGAUUUGCUAAGUGAUCAAAAGGGGUACUUGAAUUGAAUCGACACGGGAAGAGUGUGUACAGGGUUAUGAGUGUAGGCAAAUGGUUACUUUGGUCAUAUCUCCAUUUGCCACCUGAUUACACAUGAGAAUGGCAUCUUUACUCACCAGAAAGCCAGUAUUAUGGGAGGUGUAGGAGGCAUUCUUGGACUUGAGACAAGAACAUUGUUGUGUAGAAAUUUCAUUGACUGUGUUAAAAUUAUUCUCCAUGGGCUGGAGAACACAUAACGUGGCGUUUAGAAUGAGACGGGCAUGGAUUGGAUGCAAGGUCUCCACACUUACUAGCUGUGUGACAUUGGACAAAGUGCUUCAUCAUUCUGAGACUCAGUUUUUAAAGGAAAAACAACUAAAUACCUUGCAAGCUUGCUAGCAGGUUUAAGUGUAAUAAUGUGUGGGAAUGACUGCACCGUGACUAACACGUAGUGACAGCUUAAUUAAUGUUAACCCUUAUCAUUAUCAUAUAAGAAUGUGAGUUACAUAAGAGAGGAAUCCUGUCAGUUCGUUCUCUGCUGUGUCCCCAAGACCAUGAAUCAUGGCUGGCACAUAGUAGGCAUUUAAUAAUAUUUGUUCAACAAGUAUUUGGCAGUCUUGGAGGGCAGAAAAGGAGGUGGGGAAGAUUUUUAAAUAACAUUUUUUAAAAAGUCACAUUGUCCUACAAUACCAAUUUUUCUUGCAUAUUUAGGAAAUUGAGGGUUUUUUCCUAAAACAUGCGGACAUAUGGGAAAUAGGAUGCAACAUUUGCACUAAUGUUUCAGACACAGUUAGAGGUUUCCAAGAGAUUUUGCGCUGGGGAGGCUGCUUGCUACAAGCUCCCAAAGCUCUGGGAGGACAUAGUAUUCAUUCCUCCCUCAGCAGAAGCGGUGAGGCAAGAAGCGCUGGGGAGCCCCCAGCCUUGGACUUUUAGCAUAGUGUGUCAGGUCUUCAUAGUUUGGGCCCAGGGCACAGAGAAGUCACAGCUCUCUGGCAUCCUGUGACCUUUACCCUCUUUGCCAAGGGAAAAUGUGGCCCUCCAAAGCAAGAAACUUGAGGGCAUGGGUCACCCCAGCCCUGGCAUCUGCCCAGAGCCUGAGAAGGAAGGAACAAUGAUCCUCCAGCUACCUCAAAGGGCUGGCACAGGUGGCCACUGCCCUGGCAUCACCCAGCUGUGUUCGGCAGCCUGAACCCCAGCUGUGGGGAUGUGAGGAGGAAAAUACAAAAGUCCUUAGGUGAACACUGAGAAGGCAGAUGCAGCAGAAGCCUCCAGGCCGGAACUACCCAGUCUUGGACCUAUGGUGGAGAUAGAGCAUAGCUGGCGAUCACGUGUCCUUACACUGUAAGGUCACCUGGUUGCACUAUGGCCUCAUCUGUGGCUCUGAAAAUGAAGAUUUGGAAGGAGAUCAUCACAGCUAAUGUUUAACAGCCCCUCCUGUGUGCCAAAUCAUUCACCCCUCACAACAACCGAAUGAGCUAGGGAUUCUUGUUAUAUAUAGUUUAUGGAGAAGGAAGUGCAGACAUAAAGAGGUGAAUUAUCUUACCCAGAUCACACAGCUGAUAAGUGGUGGAGGCAGAAUGGAAUCUAAACAGUGUAGAAUCUAAACAGAAUAGAAUCUAAACAUGCAUUGAUUCGACAAGUGUUUAUUGAGCACCUGCCACGGACAAGGCCUUGUGUGAUUAAAUAGGGUUAUAAUUAGUAAUAUAAAAAUGAGAAAUCACUAAUGCUUUUUAGACUUAACAUUUUCUUUUUUUGUAGGUUUCAGGCACAGAACUGUAUAUCCAAUAAUAGUGAAAUGGAUCCCACUAAUUAUGACCGAAAUGAUGAUACAUUUAAAUGACUUGGAUGUUUUAUAGGUAUGAUCUCGUGAAACCUUGAGAGAAACUGAAUGACGAAUGAAACUAUUGUUCCUGUUUCACACAGAAGAAAACUGAGGUUAAAAGGGGUUGGCACUCAUCAUGAGCCCCUGUUCUCAUUCUGCAAAUGGUGAAGCUCUCUAUUGUCCUGACCCCACAGUUCCUGUCCCAUGACCAGGGCCAGCUCACCAAGGAGCUGCAGCAGCACGUAAAGUCAGUGACACGCCCAUGCGAGUACCUGAGGAAGGUUAUCAAUACUCUGGCUGUCUAUCGUCAUCGUGAGACUGACUUUGGUGGAGGAGUUCGAGACCAGCCUGGCCAACAUGGCAAAACCCCAUCUCCACAAAAAUUGGAUAAUUUGAUAAUUAUCAUUAUUGGGUUUCUGAGACGUUACACAUUUGCCAUUCUCUUCUGCACAAGUUACCUUUGGGGGUCUUUCCUGAAGACUAUCUUCCGGUCUCGAAAUGGACAUGAUGGAUCCACGGAUGUACAGCAGAGAGCCUGGAGGUCCAACCGCAGUAGACAGGAAGGAAUUAAAAUUGGCCUGGAAGACAUCUGUACUUUAUGGAAACAGGUGGAAACAAAAGUUCAAGCUAAAAUCCAUAAGAUGAAGGUCAUAAAGAAAGUCAACCAUCAUUACAAAUUCAAUGGAAAGAGGAAGACCGCCAAAAAACAGAAAAUGUUUCAACGUGCGCAAGAGUUGCGGCGGCGGGCAGAGGACUACCACAAACGCAAAAUCCCCCCUUCUGCAAGAAAGCCUCUUUGCAACUGGGUCAGAAUGGCGGCAGCGGAGCAUCGUCAUUCUUCAGGAUUGCCCCACUGGCCCUACCUCACAGCUGAAACUUUAAAAAACAGGAUGGGCCACCAGCCACCUCCUCCAACUCAACAACAUUCUAUAACUGAUAACUCCCUGAGCCUCAAGACACGUGCCGAAUGUCUGGUCUAUCCCCUUCCACCCUCAGCGGAUGAUAAUCUCACGACGCCUCCCGAGUGUUUCCUCACUCCUCUUCCACCCUCAGCUCCACCCUCAGCGGAUGAUAAUCUCAAGACACCUCCCUUAGCUACUCAGGAGGCUGAGGCAGAAAAACCACCCAAACCCGAGAGAGAGAGGGCCGCUGACGUGGAACCACCACCGAAACCCGAGAGGCGGAGGGCCGCUGACGUGCAACCAUCACGGAAACCCGAGAGGCGGAGGACCACUGACGUGCAACCAUCACGGAAACCCGAGAGGCGGAGGGCCGCAGUGGAUAAGACACCUGCCGAGUUUCUGGUCUAUCCCCUUCCACCCUCAGCGGAUGAUAAUCUCGAAACGCCUCUCGAGUGUCUCCUCGCUCCUCUUCCACCCUCACGUCUAUCCCCAGCUCCACCCUCAGCGGAUGAUAAGACACCUGCCGAGUUUCUGGUCUAUCCCCUUCCACCCUCAGCGGAUGAUAAUCUCGAAACGCCUCUCGAGUGUCUCCUCACUCCUCUUCCACCCUCACCUCCACCCUCAGCUCCACCCUCAGCGGAUGAUAAUCUCAAGACACCUCCCUUAGCUACUCAGGAGGCUGAGGCAGAAAAACCACCCAAACCCGAGAGACAGAGGGCCGCUGACGUGGAACCACCACCGAAACCCGAGAGGCGGAGGGCCGCUGACGUGCAACCAUCACGGAAACCCGAGAGGCGGAGGACCACUGACGUGCAACCAUCACGGAAACCCGAGAGGCGGAGGACCACUGACGUGCAACCAUCACGGAAACCCGAGAGGCGGAGGGCCGCAGUGGAUAAGACACCUGCCGAGUUUCUGGUCUAUCCCCUUCCACCCUCAGCGGAUGAUAAUCUCGAAAUGCCUCUCGAGUGUCUCCUCACUCCUCUUCCACCCUCACCUCCACCCUCAGCUCCACCCUCAGCGGAUGAUAAUCUCAAGACACCUCCCUUAGCUACUCAGGAGGCUGAGGCAGAAAAACCACCCAAACCCGAGAGACAGAGGGCCGCUGACGUGGAACCACCACCGAAACCCGAGAGGCGGAGGGCCGCUGACGUGCAACCAUCACGGAAACCCGAGAGGCGGAGGGCCGCAGUGGAUAAGACACCUGCCGAGUUUCUGGUCUAUCCCCUUCCACCCUCAGCGGAUGAUAAUCUCGAAAUGCCUCUCGAGUGUCUCCUCACUCCUCUUCCACCCUCACCUCCACCCUCAGCGGAUGAUAAUCUCAAGACACCUCCCUUAGCUACUCAGGAGGCUGAGGCAGAAAAACCACCCAAACCCGAGAGACAGAGGGCCGCUGACGUGGAACCACCACCGAAACCCGAGAGGCGGAGGGCCGCUGACGUGCAACCAUCAUGGAAACCCGAGAGGCGGAGGACCACUGACGUGCAACCAUCACGGAAACCCGAGAGGCGGAGGGCCGCAGUGGAUAAGACACCUGCCGAGUUUCUGGUCUAUCCCCUUCCACCCUCAGCGGAUGAUAAUCUCGAAAUGCCUCUCGAGUGUCUCCUCACUCCUCUUCCACCCUCACCUCCACCCUCAGCUCCACCCUCAGCGGAUGAUAAUCUCAAGACACCUCCCUUAGCUACUCAGGAGGCUGAGGCAGAAAAACCACCCAAACCCGAGAGACAGAGGGCCGCUGACGUGGAACCACCACCGAAACCCGAGAGGCGGAGGGCCGCUGACGUGCAACCAUCACGGAAACCCGAGAGGCGGAGGGCCGCUGACGUGCAACCAUCACGGAAACCCGAGAGGCGGAGGACCACUGACGUGCAACCAUCACGGAAACCCGAGAGGCGGAGGGCCGCAGUGGAUAAGACACCUGCCGAGUUUCUGGUCUAUCCCCUUCCACCCUCAGCGGAUGAUAAUCUCGAAACGCCUCUCGAGUGUCUCCUCACUCCUCUUCCACCCUCACCUCCACCCUCAGCUCCACCCUCAGCGGAUGAUAAUCUCAAGACACCUCCCUUAGCUACUCAGGAGGCUGAGGCAGAAAAACCACCCAAACCCGAGAGACAGAGGGCCGCUGACGUGGAACCACCACCGAAACCCGAGAGGCGGAGGGCCGCUGACGUGCAACCAUCAUGGAAACCCGAGAGGCGGAGGACCACUGACGUGCAACCAUCACGGAAACCCGAGAGGCGGAGGGCCGCAGUGGAUAAGACACCUGCCGAGUUUCUGGUCUAUCCCCUUCCACCCUCAGCGGAUGAUAAUCUCGAAACGCCUCUCGAGUGUCUCCUCACUCCUCUUCCACCCUCACCUCCACCCUCAGCUCCACCCUCAGCGGAUGAUAAUCUCAAGACACCUCCCUUAGCUACUCAGGAGGCUGAGGCAGAAAAACCACCCAAACCCGAGAGACAGAGGGCCGCUGACGUGGAACCACCACCGAAACCCGAGAGGCGGAGGGCCGCUGACGUGCAACCAUCACGGAAACCCGAGAGGCGGAGGGCCGCUGACGUGCAACCAUCAUGGAAACCCGAGAGGCGGAGGACCACUGACGUGCAACCAUCACGGAAACCCGAGAGGCGGAGGGCCGCAGUGGAUAAGACACCUGCCGAGUUUCUGGUCUAUCCACUUCCACCCUCAGCGGAUGAUAAUCUCGAAACGCCUCUCGAGUGUCUCCUCGCUCCUCUUCCACCCUCACGUCUAUCCCCAGCUCCACCCUCAGCGGAUGAUAAGACACCUGCCGAGUUUCUGGUCUAUCCCCUUCCACCCUCAGCGGAUGAUAAUCUCGAAACGCCUCUCGAGUGUCUCCUCACUCCUCUUCCACCCUCACCUCCACCCUCAGCUCCACCCUCAGCGGAUGAUAAUCUCAAGACACCUCCCUUAGCUACUCAGGAGGCUGAGGCAGAAAAACCACCCAAACCCGAGAGACAGAGGGCCGCUGACGUGGAACCACCACCGAAACCCGAGAGGCGGAGGGCCGCUGACGUGCAACCAUCACGGAAACCCGAGAGGCGGAGGGCCGCUGACGUGCAACCAUCACGGAAACCCGAGAGGCGGAGGACCACUGACGUGCAACCAUCACGGAAACCCGAGAGGCGGAGGGCCGCAGUGGAUAAGACACCUGCCGAGUUUCUGGUCUAUCCACUUCCACCCUCAGCGGAUGAUAAUCUCGAAACGCCUCUCGAGUGUCUCCUCGCUCCUCUUCCACCCUCACGUCUAUCCCCAGCUCCACCCUCAGCGGAUGAUAAGACACCUGCCGAGUUUCUGGUCUAUCCCCUUCCACCCUCAGCGGAUGAUAAUCUCGAAACGCCUCUCGAGUGUCUCCUCACUCCUCUUCCACCCUCACCUCCACCCUCAGCUCCACCCUCAGCGGAUGAUAAUCUCAAGACACCUCCCUUAGCUACUCAGGAGGCUGAGGCAGAAAAACCACCCAAACCCGAGAGACAGAGGGCCGCUGACGUGGAACCACCACCGAAACCCGAGAGGCGGAGGGCCGCUGACGUGCAACCAUCACGGAAACCCGAGAGGCGGAGGGCCGCUGACGUGCAACCAUCAUGGAAACCCGAGAGGCGGAGGACCACUGACGUGCAACCAUCACGGAAACCCGAGAGGCGGAGGGCCGCAGUGGAUAAGACACCUGCCGAGUUUCUGGUCUAUCCACUUCCACCCUCAGCGGAUGAUAAUCUCGAAACGCCUCUCGAGUGUCUCCUCGCUCCUCUUCCACCCUCAUGUCUAUCCCCAGCUCCACCCUCAGCGGAUGAUAAGACACCUGCCGAGUUUCUGGUCUAUCCCCUUCCACCCUCAGCGGAUGAUAAUCUCGAAACGCCUCUCGAGUGUCUCCUCACUCCUCUUCCACCCUCACCUCCACCCUCAGCUCCACCCUCAGCGGAUGAUAAUCUCAAGACACCUCCCUUAGCUACUCAGGAGGCUGAGGCAGAAAAACCACCCAAACCCGAGAGACAGAGGGCCGCUGACGUGGAACCACCACCGAAACCCGAGAGGCGGAGGGCCGCUGACGUGCAACCAUCACGGAAACCCGAGAGGCGGAGGGCCGCUGACGUGCAACCAUCACGGAAACCCGAGAGGCGGAGGACCACUGACGUGCAACCAUCACGGAAACCCGAGAGGCGGAGGGCCGCAGUGGAUAAGACACCUGCCGAGUUUCUGGUCUAUCCCCUUCCACCCUCAGCGGAUGAUAAUCUCGAAACGCCUCUCGAGUGUCUCCUCACUCCUCUUCCACCCUCACCUCCAUCCUCAGCUCCACCCUCAGCGGAUGAUAAUCUCAAGACACCUCCCUUAGCUACUCAGGAGGCUGAGGCAGGAAAACCACCCAAACCCGAGAGAGAGAGGGCCGCUGACGUGGAACCACCACCGAAACCCGAGAGGCGGAGGGCCGCUGACGUGCAACCAGCACUGAAACCCGAGAGGCGGAGGGCCGCUGACGUGCAACCAUCACGGAAACCCGAGAGGCGGAGGGCCGCAGUGGAUAAGACACCUGCCGAGUUUCUGGUCUAUCCUCUUCCACCCUCAGCGGAUGAUAAUCUCAAAAUGCCUCUCGAGUGUCUCCUUACUCCUCUUCCACCCUCACCUCCAUCCUCAGCUCCACCCUCAGCGGAUGAUAAUCUCAAGACACCUCCCUUAGCUACUCAGGAGGCUGAGGCAGAAAAACCACCGAAACCCGAGAGGCGGAGGGCCACUGACGUGGAACCACCACUGAAACCCGAGACGCGAAGCGCCGCUGACGCGCAGCCAUCACGGAAACCCGAGAGGCGGAGGGCCGCUGACCUGGAAUCACCACCGAAACCCGAGAGGCGGAGCGCCGCUGACGCGCAGCCGUCGCUGAAACCCGAGAGGCGGAGCGCCGCUGACGUGCAGCCGUCGCCGAAACCUGAGAGGCGGAGGGCCGCUGACCUGGAAUCACCACCGAAACCCGAGAGGCGGAGGGCCGCUGACCUGGAAUCACCACCGAAACCUGAGAGGCGGAGGGCCGCUGACACGCAACCAUCACCGAAACCCGAGAGGCGGAGGGCCGCUGACCUGGAAUCACCACCGAAACCCGAGAGGCGGAGCGCCGCUGACCUGGAAUCACCACCGAAACCCGAGAGGCGGAGGGCCGCUGACGUGCAACCAUCACUGAAACCCGAGAGGCAGAGCGCCGCUGACGCGCAGCCGUCGCCGAAACCUGAGAGGCGGAGGGCCACUGACCUGGAAUCACCACCGAAACUCGAGAGGCGGAGCGCCGCUGACGCGCAACCAUCACCGAAACCCGAGAGGCGGAGCGCCGCUGAUGCGCAGCCGUCGCCGAAACCUGAGAGGCGGAGGGCCGCUGACCUGGAAUCACCACCAAAACCCGAGAGGCGGAGGGCCGCUGACCUGGAAUCACCACCGAAACCCGAGAGGCGGAGGGCCGCUGACGCGCAACCAUCACCGAAACCUGAGAGGCGGAGGGCCGCUGACGCGCAACCAUCACCGAAACCCGAGAGGCGGAGCGCCGCUGACGCGCAGCCAUCACCGAAACCUGAGAGGCGGAGGGCCGCUGACGCGCAGCCAUCACCGAAACCCGAGAGGCGGAGCGCCGCUGACGCGCAGCCAUCACCGAAACCCGAGAGGCGGAGCGCCGCUGACGCGGAACCAUCAUCACCCGAACCCAAGAGGCGGAGGGUCGCUGACGAACCGCCAUGCAAACCCCCACGCAAACCCAAGAGGCGGAGGGCCGCUGACAGGGAACGGCCACGCAAACCCCCACGCAAACCCAAGAGGUGGAGCGCCGCUGAGGCGCAGCCGUCGCCGAAACCUGAGAGGCGGAGCGCCACUGACGCGGAACCUCCACGCAAGCCCAAGAGGCGGAGGGCCGCUGACCGGAAACCAUCAUCACCCGAACCCAAGAGGCGGAGGGUCGCUGACGUGGAACCGCCACACAAACCCAAGAGGCGCAGGGUCGCUGACGUGAGACGGCCACGCAAACCCCCACGCAAACCCAAGAGGUGGAGCGCCGCUAAGGCGCAGCCGUCGCCGAAACCCGAGGGGCGGAGCGCCGCUGACGCGCAGCCGUCGCCGAAACCCGAGGGGCGGAGCGCCGCUGACGCGCAGCCGUCGCCGAAACCCGAGGGGCGGAGCGCCGCUGACGCGCAGCCGUCGCCGAAACCCGAGGGGCGGAGCGCCGCUGACGCGCAGCCGUCGCCGAAACCCGAGGGGCGGAGCGCCGCUGACGCGCAGCCGUCGCCGAAACCCGAGGGGCGGAGCGCCGCUGACGCGCAGCCGUCGCCGAAACCCGAGGGGCGGAGCGCCGCUGACGCGCAGCCGUCGCCGAAACCCGAGGGGCGGAGCGCCGCUGACGCGCAGCCGUCGCCGAAACCCGAGGGGCGGAGCGCCGCUGACGCGCAGCCGUCGCCGAAACCCGAGGGGCGGAGCGCCGCUGACGCGCAGCCGUCGCCGAAACCCGAGGGGCGGAGCGCCGCUGACGCGCAGCCGUCGCCGAAACCCGAGGGGCGGAGCGCCGCUGACGCGCAGCCGUCGCCGAAACCCGAGAGGCGGAGCGCCGCUGACGCGCAGCCGUCAUUGAAACCCGAGAGGCGGAGCGCCGCUGACGCGCAGGCGUCGCCGAAACCCGAGAGGCGGAGCGCCGCUGACCUGGAAUCACCACCGCAACCCGAGAGGCGGAGCACCGCUGACGCGCAAGCAUCACCGAAAUCCGAGAGGCGGAGCGCCGCUGAGGCGCAGCCGUCGCCGAAACCCGAGAGGCGGAGCGCCGCUGACACGCAGCCAUCACUGAAACCUGAGAGGCGGAGCGUCGCUGACCUGGAAUCACCACCGAAACCCGAGAGGCGGAGCGCCGCUGACCUGGAAUCACCACCGAAACCCGAGAGGCGGAGCGCCGCUGAGGCGCAGCCGUCGCCGAAACCCGAGAGGCAGAGCGCCGCUGACACGCAGCCAUCACCGAAACCCGAGAGGCGGAGCGUCGCUGACACGCAGCCAUCACCGAAACCCGAGAGGCGGAGCGCCGCUGACACGCAGCCAUCACCGAAACCCGAGAGGCGGAGCGUCGCUGACACGCAGCCAUCACCGAAACCUGAGAGGCGGAGCGUCGCUGACACGCAGCCAUCACCGAAACCCGAGAGGCGGAGCGUCGCUGACCUGGAAUCACCACCGAAACUCGAGAGGCGGAGCGCCGCUGAGGCGCAGCCGUCACCGAAACCCGAGAGGCGGAGCGCCGCUGACACGCAGCCAUCACCGAAACCUGAGAGGCGGAGCGUCGCUGACACGCAGCCAUCACCGAAACCUGAGAGGCGGAGCGUCGCUGACCUGGAAUCACCACCGAAACCCGAGAGGCGGAGCGCCGCUGACCUGGAAUCACCACCGAAACCCGAGAGGCGGAGCGCCGCUGAGGCGCAGCCGUCGCCGAAACCCGAGAGGCGGAGCGCCGCUGACACGCAGCCAUCAUCGAAACCCGAGAGGCGGAGCGUCGCUGACACGCAGCCAUCACCGAAACCCGAGAGGCGGAGCGCCGCUGACACGCAGCCAUCACCGAAACCCGAGAGGCGGAGCGUCGCUGACACGCAGCCAUCACCGAAACCUGAGAGGCGGAGCGUCGCUGACACGCAGCCAUCACCGAAACCCGAGAGGCGGAGCGUCGCUGACCUGGAAUCACCACCGAAACCCGAGAGGCGGAGCGCCGCUGAGGCGCAGCCGUCGCCGAAACCCGAGAGGCGGAGCGCCGCUGACACGCAGCCAUCACCGAAACCCGAGAGGCGGAGCGCCGCUGACGCGCAGCUGUCGCCGAAACCCGAGAGGCAGAGCGCCGCUGAUGCGCAGCCGUCGCCGAAACCCGAGAGGCGGAGCGCCGCUGCUGACACGCAGCCGUCGCUGAAACCCGAGAGGCGGAGCGCCGCUGACGCGCAGCCGUCGCCGAAACCCGAGAGGCGGAGUGCCGCUGAACUGGAAUCACCACCGGAACCCGAGAGGCGGAGCGCCGCUGACGCGCAGCCGUCGCCGAAACCCGAGAGGCGGAGCGCCGCUGACGCGCAGCCGUCGCCGAAACCCGAGAGGCGGAGCGCCGCUGAUGCGCAGCCGUCGCCGAAACCCGAGAGGCGGAGCGCCGCUGACGCGGAACCGCCUCGCAAACGCAAGAGGCGGAGGGCAGCGGACAUUGAACUAUCAUCACCCGAACCCAAGAGGCGGAGGAUCGGUGACGUGGAACGGCCACGCAAACCCAAGAGGCCGAGGGCCGCCGACGUGGAACCAUCAUUACCCGAACCCAAGAGGCGGAGGGUCGGUGACGUGGAACUGCCACGCAAACGCAAGAGGCCGCAGGCCGCCGACGUGGAACCAUCAUUACCCGAACCCAAGAGGCGGAGGUUGAAUUAGGUGAGAACAGGCCAUUGCACUCAAGCCUGAGCAAUAAGAAUAAAACUGAGUAGAACAAAAUAAAAAAAUCAAAAAACAAAACAAAACCCACACUCCAAAAACAAAGAAUAAAUAAAUAAUAUAAAAAUAAAAUAAA